AUGUCGUUUAAAAAGACUUUUUUACCUGCGAAACUAAAAUAUCGCGCCAUCUGCUGGAAUUACGUGUUCGCGCUAUGCAUUUGCCAUCUUUGGCAUACUUGCAACGCCGGCACAGAAAAUCUCACCAACUUUCCUUACACACAACAAGGAUCAGCAGCAGCAUUAUCAGCUGUGUCUGCCAGUAAAUCUUCUGUAGCCGCAUCCACAUCAACCUUAUAUGUCGCUUCUGCCGCGCCCGGGAGUAACACAAAUGCCGGCACACGCACCGUUCUACGCAUCUACGAUGAGUGCAGUCACUCAAUUGGCGGUUUCGUGCCAUGCCUGAAAAAGAAGGCGAUUUCCUUUAUCGACCGCAUAUCGCACAUUGACGCGAUCACCGUGGCGGAAGGCAUUAAAUUGGUGCGUUUGCCGAAUAGUGCUGUAGCCGAAACACCGCUACCACUUCAGCCGCUCUAUAGUGAGAACGAGUUGGAGCCGUCCUUAUCGCGCUCCAGCGAAGAUCGCGAUACAAAAUUAACAAAUAUGCUUAUUGAAAGAUUGAGCUAUUUCUUCAACGGACAUACACUGCAAGUGAAUUUUCCAAAAUUGACAGCUGAGGAAAUAGGGCGUGGUCUUGAGGAAGGUCGUGGCAAGAUGAAGAAAAUGAUGAGCAUGAUGAUGAUGGGCAUGGCCAUGAAAAUGAUCGGUAUGCUGCCGGUUGCCAUGGGUAUGCUUUACAUGAUGGCCGGCAAGGCGCUGAUUGUCUCCAAGAUUGCCCUCUUGCUAGCGGGCAUGAUGGGUAUAAAGAAACUAAUGUCCGGGCGAGGCGGCGGCAAUGGUGGCGGUAAUGGUUGGUCAUCCGGAGGCGGCGGUGGUGGCGGCUGGUCUUCCGGCGGUGGCGGAGGUUAUGAUCGACGUUCACUAAAUGAAGCGCACGAAUUGGCUUAUCGUGGCUAUACUAAUAGGCAGCCAUCUGGUGUGUAUUCGAAGCCGAAGUCAGCACAACAACAAAACUUUCAACAACAAAAAUCACAAGAGCAGGAGCAGCAUCAGCAGAAACAGCAGCAACAACCGUUAUCGCUGCAACAGCAGCAGCAGCAAGUGCAAAAGUCAUAA